UGAGAAGGCCCGUUGGCUUGUCAAUGUUCAGUGGAAUAUGCGGGGUCUGGACGUCCACAUGGACCACAAUAUUGGCCGACGUCUCAAGUCCCUCUUCGUCACGCUCACCUCAAUGGCCGGUUACGACGGUCGGGCUCCGUACGCGCAGACCUCCACAGAGGAGGAGACGACGAUGGUGGCACCGACCGCAGCAGAAGCCGCAACAGCUGCUGGAGAGACAUCUUCGGACGCACACUGCCGGCACUCGUCGGCUUCGCACUCCGCGAUACAUUCACACAGAUCAAGCGCCUUUGGGGCGGUCUCCAUGGAUCGCCUCUACUUGGACGAUAAGGGCGAAUUUCCGGACGGUAGUCUCUGUUAUCACUUUUUUCGAAUAAACAGAGCUCGUGCUCUCUUGGAUGUACUAAAAGUAAUGCCAUUUGAUAUUUCUCGCGGCUCCAGGCAGGACUGUCGUUACUUUGAUGUUCUUCUUCUCUCUCCCCCCUCUAGACAACACAGUGGUGACCUACAGACUGCCGAGGCACAGAGACACAAGUUAGAGGCGCAGUACUGUAGCUCCUACAAGCGCAUGAAGUGGGACAAUCUUCGCAAGCGAACAAGUGUACUGGGUAUCCCCUCCGGCCGGUUGCGUCGUUCGGGUUCUCUGAUUGCCAGUUCGAAAGAACACUCCAAACGGUCGGAUCCUUCGCAAAUGGGGUCUUCUGUAAGAGCCCCAGCCUCGAUUUCUCAGCUGCCAGGCCCCAGUUUCCCCGCUUCUUUGCAUUCUGCGGCUGACACCUCCGAAUCCCCUACCCUCUUCGAUCCAAUCGACGAGACCAAUGUCCACGCCACUGCCUCCAACACCGGCUCUGUUUACUGCGACGCCGUGGAAAUGACACCAGGUAGCGCCUGGGGCCCUGAAUUCGAC